AUCUUGGAAGCUGAAGCGGCGGCGGCGCUGCGGCGGGUGCGGUGGGCUCGUCCCGGCGCGGUGGCGGCUCUCUCCGGCGCGGGUCCGACUCUCCCGCACCCUGCUCUGGCCUCGACGACGGCGAGCCUGAGCGCGGCGGCGGCCCACGCGCGGCGACGGGAGAGAUGAGCAGCAACAGCAGUAAGAGAGCUCCGACGACGGCCACCCAGAGACUGAAGCAGGACUACCUUCGGAUCAAGAAGGACCCAGUGCCUUAUAUCUGCGCUGAGCCCCUCCCUUCAAACAUCCUUGAAUGGCACUAUGUCGUUCGAGGCCCUGAGCUGACUCCUUACGAGGGUGGCUACUAUCAUGGAAAACUAAUCUUCCCCCGAGAGUUUCCCUUUAAGCCUCCUAGUAUUUAUAUGAUAACCCCCAAUGGAAGAUUUAAAUGUAACACGAGGCUGUGUCUCUCUAUCACCGAUUUCCACCCUGACACGUGGAACCCAGCGUGGUCUGUCUCGACCAUCCUCACGGGACUCCUCAGCUUCAUGGUAGAGAAGGGCCCCACGCUGGGCAGCAUCGAGACCUCAGACUUCACGAAAAGACAACUGGCUGCACAGAGCUUAACAUUCAACCUAAAAGACAAAGUCUUCUGUGAACUGUUUCCCGAGGUUGUAGAGGAAAUAAAACAGAAGCAGAAAGCUCAGGACGAGCUCAGUAGCAGGCCCCCGACCCUGCCCCUGCCCGACGUAGUCCCCGAUGGUGAAGCCCACCUCGGCCAGCACGGGGCCCCACUGCUCAAUGGGCAUGCACCAGCAGCUGGGCUGAACCCCCCAGGGCUGCAGCAGGCCAACCGCCAUCACGGACUCCUGGGGGGUGCGCUGGCGAACUUGUUUGUCAUUGUGGGGUUUGCUGCCUUUGCCUACACAGUCAAGUAUGUGCUGCGGAGCAUAGCGCAGGAGUGA